CUAUUCUUGCUAACACACUGUUCUUUCUAAACAAGUCUGCAUUCAACUUGAAAGAUACUGAUCAUAGGAGAUGUUAUGUGAAUGUAAUAAGCAGUACCUAUUGAAUUUACUGAUAGCUUCUUUGUUGAGGAAAAAUGGACUUACUAUGACUGAGAUAUGUGGUUGUCCUACCUAGCUAUCUGAAGAUGAAUGUACUCACUGUAGGUCUCUCUGUAUAAGAUUAUCUGCUAAAUGACUCAAAUGUACCUUAUGAUGCCAACCAAUAAGAUUCUUUCUCUUCAGUGUAAAGGGGCGCACCAUUUGGUGUGAUGCAGACCGGGUGGAGAACGCAUGGCUGAAGUGACCCUGUUGGUACUUAGUUCUGAUACAGAGUUAUUACCUGAUAAAGUAAUGUUAGGAUAUGUAAGUUAUCCGGUGAGAGCUUUUGUCCUGAACCCCCUACAGUGGGAUAAAGGAGUGUGUGUCAAUUGUUGGGGUGCCCAUGUUGAUGGGGAUCAGAAAUGUCCUGUGCGAGUGAGACAGGUUGAGGUUGCCAGGUAUAGAGCAGUGAAGAAAGUGUCAUAUGCUGAGGCAGUGAGGAAAGUAGAGGAUGGAGGGCUAAGGGUGAGGGAGCCUGAGAGGAUUCCUGUGAGUAGUAAGCCAGUACAGAGUGACCCCAACAGUUUGUGCUUUAGUAAAGUUGGCUUCUUGGUGUUUAUUGCUAUGGUCAUUAAUUGUACAGCAAAGACGUAACGGAAAUCCCUGAAGAUUGAUUUUGUAGUAGCAGCUGCAGGGAAGAUUUUGGGUGUCAGAGAUGUUAGUGCAGAAGAACUUCAGGGAAUUUUGAGAGAAAAGGUUCCAUCCACCCAGGCCCGUGAACAAAAUGUGUAUUUAACACUCCGACCUGUGAAGGGCAGCAUAAGGCAACAAAGUAUCCAGUCAGAAGGUGUUGUUUGCUGAGGCAGUGAAGAUGGGUCAAGCGUGAGGGAUCCUAAGAGGCUCCCGUUGAGUAGUAGACUUUUGCCAGAACAGAGCAAUAGGCCUACGAAUGAAAGGUACGGUUGGCUUUUCAAUGUUCAAUUCCAUGGUUAUCAACUGUACCGCAGGAAUGGAAUGUAAAUGACAGAAAAUAGGUGUUGUGGUGGCAGCUGCAGAGAAGUGCUUGGGAUUAGGAUAAUUUACUACAGAAGAGUUACACGGUGUGUUGAAUGGUAGUGUUCUGUCCUCUCAGGCUGUCGGCGUGGUGUAGGAUCAGAUAGGGUCAACAUAGUGGAAUGGGAGGUGGGUUUUUAAUGAAUGUUGGGUUAGUUGGCAAGGUUUUUCCUUUGAACUUUUCCCAUUUAUACUCCAGUCCAGUUGAUGGCGGUAAUGCAACGUUAAUAUUGGAUGCCAACCGGAAUUAAAAAGAUGUUGUCUGCCGGAAAACCACACCAAGAAAAAAUCGUAAACGGAAGUGAACAAUAAUUUCCAAGUUAGCGUUUUAUUGUUGUAUUUAGACGUUUAUUAACACCCUAGAACUCAACAUAUGACUAAAUUAACUGCACAGCAUCACAUCCUUACCCAAGUUAGUGUUUAAUUGCGUUGGAAACAGGACUUAAAUUAUAGGUUUUAUAUAAGUAAAGCUAGCUAGCGGUUAACGCUAACAAUGGCUAACUGUAUGGUUUUUCACACUCAAAUAGCCUCCAUUAUGGAGGUGCUAGCGAAUGCAGCCGUGGCAGACAUCUGUAAACUCGUAGACGACGACUAUGCAGUGUUUCGUUUGGAAAUAACUCAAAGCCAGAAAGAAAACGGGGCACUGAGGAGGAAACUACAGUUACUGGAAAUGAAGGUGGCACGGGAGCGCGCAGAGAGGACAAUGAUGCGAGAGCGCAUCGUCCCAGGGAGUACUACGAGUAGUGUCAAGAUCUUGGACCGAUACAGAGGAAUGGCAAGAGGUGAAGGACAUCUCACUGGAGGCCACAGGAUCUCUGUGAAGCCAGCAGGACACAAUACAUGGAGAGAUGACCAACCAAUCACUGUUGAUGAGGGGAGUGGAAUCUCAACCCAGCAUGUUAUCAUGAUAGAGUCUGCAGAUGCAGAAGCUGCUGGUCCUGGGGUCAAGCUGGAGAGGUCUGAAGGAGAGGAUGACCCGCGACACAGCAGAGACAUCCAGACUGGAGCGCCCCCUGUAGCCACGGAUGAUUCCACCAUUUCCCCAGCGCAGCACAGGACCCGACGUAGCAUCACGGAGGAGGAGGAGAGUCCAGAGGUGCUGCUGGUGAAGGAGGAGGGGUGUGAGGAGGGUCUGGGGAACCCUGAGGGGACCAUGGUCAUGGAGGACAACCAGACGACACCUCCUCCUGAACCCACAGAGGCACCAGCUGAGCAGCACAGGACCACAUACAGUCUCACUGAGUCAGUAGACAUGGAGGAUGGGAAGCCUGAUCUGCUGCUGGUCAAAGAGGAGACAAUAGAAGAUGGACCAGAGAGCAUUGACCUGCUGAGUGGAAUAAAGAUGGGGGAGCAAGGUGGUUGGUUGGAGGAUGACAGAGGAGACUGGGCGGCCAUCUUGGAUUCCCAGACCCAGACAGGUGCAGCCAAGGUCCCGCGGGACAACAUAGUGGAGUCUGCGGUCCAUGAGGACCUGCUGAUGCCCAGUGUUGCUGACGGGAGAGACUGGACCUCUGAAGCGGCGUGUCACAAAACCUGGCCCCUGAUCAGGAUCCUGGAUCAGGAGCCGUCGCUCUUCCUCCCCGAGUCAGAACCAGAACCGAACCGCGAGGGACAGAGACUCCACCACCACACAGAACACAACCAGUGGACAGGUGGACUGAACAACCUCAGUCCUGGUGGUCAUCAGAGAGACGGAGGCUCCAGUCAGGGAUCCAGUCUGCAGCCCCGACCCUUCUCUUCACAGUCUCAGUGCAAGGAUGAAGCAGGGCCUGGGGCUGAUAGAGAUAGACCCUCCUGUUCCUAUGAUAAAAACACCACAGUAUCCAUGAUGAACAGAGCAGGUCACCCUGGGCUUCAGUCUUCACAGAGAGUGGUGGGAGACCCCCCUGGUGGUAGUCUAUCAGCAAGUUUGUCUUCUCCUUCAGGGUCUUGUCUAUUGCCUAGUGACUGGGUUCAUAGAAAUCCUGGACCUGGGUCUAGCCUUCCUCAGUUACCUCAUGGUUACCCCACCAAUACAGACCGGGUCAGGAUGGGCAUUCACCACGAGAAGUAUUUAGCCUAUAACAUAGCACACAAUCCCAGCAACACCCAAACAAUGGCAAGUGGUCAAGGAGGGAGCUCAAAAACUCCUGCUUCUACCUCCUCUGGUGUCAUUGGGUCACAACGUGGGAGGCCGAAUAUUAGGACUGACUGCGACAAGCCGUACAGCUGCGCCACAUGUGGGAAGCACUUUACUAGGGCAAACUAUUUGAAGGAGCAUCAGACCAGGGUCCACACUGGGGAGAAACCCUUCAGCUGUACCCAGUGUCACAUGCGCUUCGCCCUGGCUGGCAACCUGAAGAGACAUCAGAGGGUCCACACAGGGGAGAAACCAUUCAGCUGCCCCCAGUGUGAGAAGAGGUUCUCCCAGGCUGGUGACCUGAAGAGGCACCAGAGGGUCCACACAGGGGAGAAACCCUUCAGCUGUACCCAGUGUGACAUGCGCUUCGCCCUGGCUGGCAACCUGAAGAUGCACCUGAAGGUCCACACGGGAGAAAAGCAGUUUGCCUGUACACACUGCGGGAAGAGCUUCUCAGAGAGGAGCUACCUCAGUAUACACCAGCAGAAAAACCAUUCCACUCUUUAACAUAGAAAGUAACUAUUCCACUCGAUAUCCUCUGAAGUUUAGAUGAAACCCUGCGCAAAGAGAAAUUGGUAUUGUUGUCAGUGGAAAAGAUCCACAGAUUCUUUUGGAAUGAUGAGUGUAACAGAUUUCAGUGUUGAAUAUUGCAUCCAGGCAUUGUGUGAUAUACACUGAGUGUAUGAAACUUUAAGAACACCUUCCUAAUAAUGAGUUGUACCAACCCCUUUUGCCCUCAGCACAGACACAAUUCGUCGGGACAUGGACUUUACAAGAUGUCGAAAGCAUUUCACAGGGAUGCUGGCCCACAUUUGUGUCAAGUUUUUUUGUGGUGGACCAUUCUUGAUACACACAGACAAACACAUCAGCGUUGCCGUUCUUGACACAAACCAGUGCACCUACAUACCCCAUUUAAAGGCACCUAAAUAUUUUGUCUUGCUCAUUCCCUGUCUCAAUUGCCUCGAGGCUUAAAAUUUCUUCUUUAACUGUUUUCCUUCCCUUCAUCUACACUGAUUGAUGUAGAUUUAACAAGUUACAUCAAUAAGGGAUCACAAAUGCCUAUUUCAUUACUUCCAUUCAACUACUUUAUUUUCCACCCAAAAAACUCCCUAGUCCUUGCCAAUGACAAGCAUACCCAUAACAUGAUGCAGCCACCACUAUGCUUGAAAAUAGUGGUACUCAGUGAUAUGUUGUGUUUGAUUUGCCCCAAACAAAACGCUUUGUAUUCAGGGCAAAGUUUAUUACUGAAGUGCCAUGUUGCAAACAGGGUGCAUGUUUUGGAAUAUAUAUAUUUUUCUGUACAAGCUUUCUUCUUUUCGCUCUGUCAUUUAGGUUAAUAUUAUGGAGUAACUACAAUGUUGUUGAUCCAUCCUCUGUUUUCUCCUAUCACAACCAUUAAACUCUUAACUGUUUUAAAAUCA